AUGUCCGCGGUUGUCAUCGUUUUGGUGCUGGUGGCUAGUCCCUCGUCCUGCCACGCCCAGCAGCAAAAGUUCCGGACCACGCCGCAUGACCUGCAGGUCCUGGAAGGAGCCGAGGCCAUGAUGCGCUGCGAGGUGGCCAAUGUGGCCGGCGCAGUCCAGUGGACCAAGGAUGGCUUUGCCCUGGGCUUUUCGGCGGUGAUACCUGGCUAUCCGCGCUACUCAGUGCUGGGUGAUCGAAAGCAGGGAGUCUACAAUCUGCGCAUCUCGAAUGCCUCGAUCACGGAUGAUGCCGAUUACCAGUGCCAGGUGGGACCGGCGAGACUGAACAGCGCUAUUCGAGCCACUGCCAAGCUAACUGUCAUAUCUCCUCCAGCCUCGAUCGAGAUCAAAGGUUACAGCCACAAUUCCAAGGUGGAAGUGCGCGAGAACCAGGACUUGCAGCUCAAGUGCAUCGUGGCCAAUGCCAAGCCUGCGGCCCAAAUUGUCUGGUAUCGCGGCAAUGUGGAGUAUAAGCCAGAGAAACGCGAAGAUCAAGUGGAGGAAUCAACGGCCAAGCGGUUUACCACCACCUCGAGCCUGAAGCUGAAGCCUGGUCCCGAUGACGACUACACGGAGUACACGUGCCAGGCCAAGCACAAGGCUCUGUCGCCGGACAUGCCCAUGCGGGCCACCGUUCAACUGUCCGUGUUGUAUCCACCGGGGCCGCCCUACAUCGAGGGAUACUCACCGGGCGAAACUCUGCGCCGCGGUCAGACCGUGGAGCUAAUGUGCAGGAGUCGAGGCGGCAAUCCUCCUGCCCAGCUCAUCUGGUACAAGAAUGGAUCCCAGAUACGCAUGGCCUACAGGACCUCGGGCCGCCUGUCGGAGAACAUCUAUACCUUCACCGCCGAGGCAGGGGACAACAAGGCCCGUUUCCGCUGCGAGGCCAGCAACGUCAUGUCGCAGAAUCCGCUCAAGGCGGAAGUGGAGCUGUCCGUGCUCUUUGCACCCACCCAUGUCACCGUGAUGGGACCCACCGAGGCGCGCGUCGGCGAUGUGGUGCCGCUGACAUGCUCCACCGCGCCAUCGAAUCCGCCCGCCGAGAUCAAGUGGAUGGUGGGCGGACGUCAGGUGCGCAAUGCCACCUCAAAGACGAUUGUCAGUGCCGAGGGCGGUUGGACGACCAGCUCGAACAUCACCGCCACCGUGGAGCCCAACAAGCGUUCCCUGGUCGUCAUCUGUCACGGACUGAACAUGCAGCUGACCGAGAACGUAGUCUCUACCCACACCAUCAACGUGCUAUAUCCUCCCGCGCCGCCAUUAAUUUCUGGCUAUAUAGAAGGACAAAUUAUCCCAGCUGGCUCUGUGCAAAAACUGCUUUGCGUUUCAUCUGGCGGCAAUCCGUUGGCGACGCUGACAUGGUACAAAAACGACAAAAGGAUCAACUCGGUCAUAAGGGCGGCGGACAAAUCGGUGUCGGCCGAAAUCACCGUUCUGGCCAAUGUGUCGGACAAUCAGGCCCAGUACCGCUGUGAGGCAUCCAACAGCGCCACCGAAAUCCCGCUCUUCCAGUCCACCAUGCUCAGUGUGCACUUUGCCCCGGAGACGGUCAAAAUACGCAUUGAACCGGAAGAACUGCGACCUGGCGUGGAGGCAACCAUCAUCUGCGACUCCAGCUCCAGCAAUCCGCCAGCGAAGCUGUCCUGGUGGAAGGACGGCAUCCCCAUCGAAGGCAUUAAUAACACGUCCAAGCCGGGUCUCUGGGGCGGCACGGUCUCCACGCUGGAGUUCAGGGUAAACAUCACACAGGAAAUGAACGGUCAGGUCUACACCUGCCAGAGUGCCAACGAGGCUCUCCAGCGGAGCGUCCACGAGGCGGUCAGCCUGGAUGUGCUGUAUCGUCCCAAGUUCGUGCCGCCGCCCUCUUCGACGGCAGUGGGCGUGGAGGGCGAAUCACUGCAAGUGUCGCUCCAAACCCGGGCCAAUCCCACCAAUGUCGUGUACAAAUGGACCAAGGACGGCACGCCCAUUCCCCAGGAUGGCGAGCAUCGCAUUUUCGCGGACGGAGGCAGCCUGAACUUCACCCGGCUGCAUAGGGACGAUGCCGGGAUCUACUCCUGCGCCGCCAGCAACUCGCAGGGCAAGGCCACCCUCAACAUCACCGUGGUGGUGGAAUAUGGAACCACCAUCAAGUCCGUGUCGGAGAACAUCAUUGUGAAUCCCGGCGAGGAUGCGAUGCUGUCCUGCAGCGUCGAAGGAAAGCCGCUGACCGAGGAGCAUGUGAAAUGGGAGAGAGUGGGCUACGAUAUGACCGUGAAAACAUCGACGACCUUUGCCAAUGGCACUUCCUAUCUGCACAUCAAGGAUGCGCGACGCGAGGAUGUGGGCAACUUCCGGUGCGUGGCCGACAAUCGUGUGGCGAAUCCAACCAACCGCGAUAUCCUGUUGAUUGUCAAGUUUGCUCCCGAGAUUGCCAAGGCACCGACGCUCCUACGUGCUGCUAGCGGCACUGGAGAACGGGGAAGGCUUCCUUGUCGCGCUCAGGGAUCACCCAAGCCGCAGUUCAUCUGGCGGCAGGACAAGAAGGAUCUGCCCAUUAAUCGCACGUACAAGUAUGAGGUUGAAGAGCGCAAGAUUGACACACUGACCUACGAAUCCUCGCUCAUCGUGGACAAGGUGGCGCCAGCGGACUAUGGCGCCUACGAGUGCAUUGCCCGCAAUGAGCUGGGCGAGGCAGUGGAAACGGUGCGCCUGGAGAUCACCUCACCACCAGACCCACCGCUCACCCUCAACAUCCUGAACGUUACCCACGACACCGUCACCGUGGCCUGGACACCGGGCUUUGAUGGUGGCCUCAAGGCAUCAUAUCGAGUGCGUUAUAGGAUGGUCGACCGCGAGCAGUACAAAUACAUCGAUGGGCUGCCCAAUAGCCACAAGCUUACCAUCGGCGGAUUGCGCAUGAACACGCUCUACCUGUUCUCGGUGAUGUCCUGGAACGAGCUGGGCUCCAGCUCUUACCUGCCGGACUUGGCCCGGGCCGAGACUAAAGGACUUGAACUGAUGCCAGCGGAGUUAACCGAGGACUCUAGCAACACACCGAAUCUGGUCAUAAUUGGCAUUUCCCUGGCGGCGUUUGGCUUCCUCCUGGUCAACGCGGCCCUCGUUGCCUGGUUCUUUGUGCAUCAGCGCCGCAAGAAAGUGGCGGAAACUACAAAUCAACCGGCAAAAACGGCAACCAUCGAGAUGUACGCGCCCAGUUCGUAUAAUGACACCGUCACCGGCGAGACGCUGUCCAGCGUUUCGGAGAAGAGCGAGUCCUACUCCAAUGAGGGCAGCAGCCAGCCCGAAUAUAUUGACGAGGCGCGCAAGAAGGCGGCAUCCACGUACUUGGUGGAAGGCUCGGAUAUGCCGCCGCCCAGAUACCAAAAGGAUGGCACCCUGCCAGUCAUAUAUCCGAAUAAUAUUGUGAACGCCUGCACACUGCCACACCCCCGGCACAACAAUGGAGGCGCCGCCAUCCAUAUGACCCGGGACGAUCAGAUGCUAAUCAGCAAGGGCGUCUAUAUUCCGUCCCCGUCGCCGGCGCCGCCGCCGGAUGGCUCCUACUACAACAUGAACAGCGACAGAUACUUGUCCUAUCCGCCCAUGGAAUACCCGGCUGCCUUGGACUUCAGUGCCCAGCCGUUGCCCAUGGCGCACCUGCAGCCCCUGACGGUGACCUCGCAGGCUGCCCUUCUGGCCAGCAAUGGUGGCGCCACGCUCAUCGGCAACGGAUCGGUGGCCGCGGUGGCCGGCGGAUCGGGCACCUUGCGGCGGGGCAUCCUGCGCGGAAUGGUGGGUGUGCCGCCGCCGGACGUAACCCACCAUACGUCGGCGGUGGGUGGAAGUCCCAUGCAGAUGCUCCAUGACCUGCAUCAUUCGGUAAACCUGAGCGCCUCUACGCUCACCACCAGCACCACGCUGAACGGUAGUCUUCCCACGGCCACAACCACGGCCACGUUGCCCCGCCAGCCGCACGGCAUCCUCAAGGAUCCCAAUAGGAACAAGCAGCAGCAGCAGCAGCAAAUCCUGAACCUGCCACCGGCGGGAGGCGGACUGGGCAAUAACCUGCUGAUGACCACCAGCGGCGCCUUUGAUCCAACGGCGGCGGCCAUGAGCAGCUUCAGCCAGGCCGGAGGCAUCCCGGUGGCCUACACUGAUGCGGACGGUCAUCUCGUAUAG